GUUUUGUUUGUUUGUAUGUUACAAUCUGUCACAUGCUGUCCUCUAUGUGGGCAAUAUUUCAUUUACUCCUAGCAGGUUUGUGCCCUGGUUAGAGAUGAAACAGGCAGCAAGAGGUCAAAGUAAUUGAACGAGUUGCUUUAGAGUUUGAAUCCAGCUUGCCUGAAUGCCAAAUACUGGGCAGAGAACUUGGCUAGAGAGUGGGGAAGCAGACUACUCUUACUCGUUAUACUCUUUGGGGGAAACAUCCUUUUUGUGGCAGGUGAUUAUAUUUCACCCUUAUUGUUCCUAGUUUUAACUGCAAGUUAAGUAGUAUAGCUACCCCUGGUUCACACAGCUAGAGUGAUGGGACUGUGUGACCUAAAAAAUCUUACUUCACUUACAGAAGAGUAGCAGCUAUUAGGGUCGUGUUGUCUAGGGUUUGAGGGUAUUUGAAACAGUGUAAUUAUGACUGUCCCACGUAGUUUUUGAUGAGGCUGGCACUUUACUGGGAUCAUUGAAUAGUGAUCAUUGUACUGGAAAGAAUAUUUAAAAGGAGUAUUUCAGAAUUUAUACUGAUUUAUAUUUUUUUACCUUAAAUAAAUGCUGUAUAGUGUGUAAUCUAUGAGACUGUCACCAUUUAUAACAGUGGAGAACUUGAUAGCUACUACUUAGCUAAAAGGAGUGUUUAGGCAAAACCUGACUUUUUUCAUAGAGGUAUAAGGAAAAGCUGCAAUAUAAAGGGUAUACAUAUAUGGGAUAUAUGUGUGUGUGUGAUAUAAGGGAAAGAAAUAAGGGAAGGAUGCUUCCUAUCUUUCUACCAUCUCUUCGUGACCUAGCAGAGUCUGCCUGCCCUGCUUUGUUGCCCAGAUAGAUUGUUUGGAAUGCUGAAUGUACAUUUUGAAUACCCGUAAGCAUGAGUAGACAUUACAUUGCCAGGAACCAUGGUCAAGAUCUCAGCAUAUUGUAAGAACUCAGAAAUGUUGGUUGUUUUCUUGCUUUCUUGCUCUCUUUUACUUGUUUUUCAAGACAAGGUUUUUUCCUGUCUUGAACAACAGCCCUGGAUGACCUAGAACUUGUUUCAUAGACCAGGUUAGCAUCAGGUUCACAGAGGUCCAUCUGCCUCUGCCUAUGAGCACUGGGAUUAAAGGUAUGCAGCACCACGCCAGGCUUGGUUGCUCAUCUGUAAGCCUCGCUUUCUUCAUCAUUGUUUUCUCCUUUCUUUCAAGCAGUGUGGCUUUGUUUUAGUUGCUCCCAACUUAAAAUAUUACUGUUUACUAAUCUUUGGUUUUUCGAGACAGGGUUUCUCUGUGUAGCCCUGGCUGGCCUGGACCUCACUCUGUAGACCAGGCUGGCCUCGAACUCAGAAAUCCGCCUGCCUCUGCCUCCCAAGUGCUGGGAUUAAAGGCGUGCACCACCACGCCCAGCUUGUUUACUAAUCUUUUUUUUUACAGUAAAUCUAAAUACUGCAGAUAGUUCAGCCAUUCUCUUAUUAAAUUUUCUCUGACUAUAAAGUAAUUGAUCUUUAAAAUUUAUGUCAUGAAAAUCAUAUAUGGUCACUGGAGGAAAAAAAACAAUGUAUAAUCUUGUUCUAACAACGUGUUUUUCUCAUGUUUUAUGAGGCUAGGUAAUUUUUAUUUUGGAUAGCAAAGAGGCAGCUACCAGAGAGAAAUUAAAGCCCCAGCUAAUACCUACGCCCCAUUUCUCCAAAGGAAAUCUACUAUCGUUGAACUUGGGUGUUUUUCAGAUUUCACCGAGAUGAUGAGAGCCUUGGGGUACCCACGCCAUAUUUCUAUGGAGAAUUUCCGCACACCCAACUUUGGGCUUGUCUCUGAAGUGCUUCUGUGGCUUGUGAAAAGGUAUGAGCCGCAGACUGACAUCCCUUCUGACAUUGAGACUGAACAAGACAGAGUUUUCUUCAUUAAGGCAAUUGCCCAGUUCAUGGCCACAAAGGCACAUAUAAAACUCAAUACCAAGAAGCUCUAUCAAGCUGACGGGUAUGCAGUGAAAGAGCUGCUGAAGAUCACAUCUGUUCUCUAUAAUGCAAUGAAGACCAAAGGGAUGGAGGGCUCCAAUGUAGGAGAGGAAGACAUCAGCAAAUUCAAGUUUGAUCUCGGCUCCAAGAUUGCAGAUUUGAAAGCAGCCAGACAGCUUGCGUCUGAAAUCACUGCCAAAGGAGCCUCUCUGUAUGACUUGCUGGGCAAAGAGGUUGAGCUGAGGGAACUGAGGACAGAAGCCAUUGCUAGACCUCUAGAGAUCAAUGAGACUGAAAAGGUGAUGAGGAUUGCAAUCAAAGAUCUUUUGGCCCAGGUUCAGAAGACUAAAGACCUGCUUAAUAAUGUGGCCUCUGAUGAAGCAAACUUAGAAGCCAAAAUUGAAAAGAGAAAAUUAGAACUGGAAAGAAAUCGGAAGCGACUGCAGACCCUGCAGAGUGUCAGGCCGGCCUUUAUGGAUGAAUAUGAGAAGGUUGAGGAAGACCUGCAGAAGCAGUAUGACGUCUAUCUAGAGAAGUUCCGGAACCUGGCUUACCUGGAGCAGCAGCUUGAGGAUCACCACAGGAUGGAGCAGGAGAGGUUUGAAGAAGCUGAAAAUACUCUCCGUCUGAUGCAAAAUAAGUUAAAGGAAGAAGAGAAGCGACUGCUCAAGAGUGGAAGCAAUGAUGACUCAGACAUAGACAUCCAAGAGGAUGAUGAAUCAGACAGCGAGUUGGAGGACAGACGGAUGUCUAAGCCUCGGACAGCGAUGGAGGUGCUCAUGCAAGGAAGGCCCAGCAAACGGAUCGUGGGUGCAAUGCAAGGUGGAGACUCGGAUGAAGACAUGCAAGCAGCACCAGCCCUCUUAGGUAAAUGCAGGACUCCCAGCUCCAGGAAGCAGGAAGACUCGGAGGACAGUGAAAUUGACAUGGAAGAUGAUGAAGAAGAUGAUGACGAUUUGGAAGAUGAAAGCAUUGCUCUCUCACCAGCUAAGCCCAGUCGAAGGAUCCGUAAACCGGAGCCCUUGGAUGAAAGUGACAAUGACUUCUGACCUUGCCAAGGGGCCCAGGCAGAUUAAGAGCCUCAGAUGUAUAGGUACACAGGGACUCGGCAGGCUGGAAAGGUAACAUGUGUUUUGUUCACUACACCAUCUGGGCUUAACCCCAACAAAGAUGUUCUUUUGUCUAUCUCCUAACACUUGGGAUCCCCAUACCUGUGUUCUAAGUCAUUCAAAUCUACAAGAAAAUCCUUUGAGGAGAAAUACAGACUGAUACCAUAUAAGUCUUGGCUGCUAUUAUUAUUUUUUUUUUUUUAAAGAUUUAUUUAUUUAUUUAUUUAUUAUAUGUAAGUACACUGUAGCUGUCCUCAGACACUCCAGAAGAGGGAGUCAGAUCUCGUUAUGGAUGGUUGCGAGCCAACAUGUGGUUGCUGGGAUUUGAACUCCUGACCUUCGGAAGAACAGUUGGGUGCUCUUACCCACUGAGCCAUCUCACCAGCCCUAUUAUUAUUAAAUAAGUUUUCCUUGAUGAUCAGGUCACAGGCUGAUCAUCAAGGCUCCAGAUUAUGACUCUUUUGUUUUCUCUCAGAGGACCAGUGUCCUUCUGGGAGGCAGAUUCACUUCAAAUUACAUGCCACCAUCAUAUAGUUCCCCAGCCUGGCUCCCUCAACAAGUGUAGCUCCAACUUCUACUGCUACCUACUCAUGCUAGCAAUCAUGUGUGCUUGUGCUAGGAGGCAUGUAUGUGUGAAGGCCAAAGGACAAGCACUGUACUUGUUCCUCAGGAGCUGUCCACCUUUUGGAGGGUGUAGGGAUGGAUCUUUUACUAGGGCCUGGGAGCUCAUCGAUUAUCCGAGACUGACUAGACAAUCGGCUCGUCUUAUCUCCCGCUUCCCAGGGAUUACAAGCGCACACUAAGGGCUUGGGGGACUGCACUCAGCCCCUCAUGCUUGCAUGACAGACUGGUAUCAGCUGAAUUAUAUCCUCAGCCCAACUGGCAUUUCUUAUUUCAUUUAUGAGACAGGGCCUAGUCUAGAACUCCUAUGCAGACCAGGCUGGCCUUGAACUCACAGAGGUUCAUUUGUGAGUUCAGAGGCUCCCCUGCCCAUGCAUGUAGAAGUCAGAGGAGGACAUCAGGUGUCUUCCCAAUUACUUUCUGCCUUAGUGCUUGAAACAGUCACUCCCUGAACUGAAGCUUGCUGUUUUUCAUCUAGGCUGGAUAGCCAACAAGCUCUUGGUACACAGUGCUGGAGUUAAAGGUAUGUGUAGCCACGCCCAUAUUUUUGCUGUUUGUUAUUGUUUUGUUUUUGAGUCAGGGUCUUACUGUGUACCCCUGGUUGAUUUGGAACUUCCUAUGCAGAUCAGGCUGGCUUUGAACUCGAAGAGAUGUGCAUCACUCUGCCUUACACUGCUGUGAUUAAAGGCGCACGCAUCCCA